AUGCAACAAGCUGAAAACUUAGAGAUCGAAGAUGAUGAUAAUUAUAGGCAACAAACAUUAACUGAUAAUUUAAGUAUUAGUCAAAUUGUCGAUUUAACUCUACCUGAGUUUUUAUCUACUAAUAACAAUUUAUUUGAAUCUGCUAUAAACAAAUUAUCCUUUCACGAAAGAGCUCAUAAUUCAGGGAAUAUAGAAUAUGAUCCAAUUCGUUUGAUACAACAAAUAGCAAAUGAAGAAAAUGCCAGAACUGAUGAUUC